AUGAUCAAUUAUUACAUCCGAUCAAGUGGGAAUUGUGUCGUCGUCUCUACCGCGGUACGUACCGUUGUACCCCAACGAUCGUCUCCCCAUCACGAAGAAUCAUCGGCGGGGCCUUUCCAAAAGUCCUCGGCAUCCGGCGCUUCAAUUCACCGACGGCCUUCUGGCGUAGCUGUCGGCUCCAUCCGAAAACUUCGUUCCGACGCGAGAACCAAGCUCAAAGCCGAGUCGACUGGCGGAGAUACACAGAAGGCCCGUCCGAAGUCUCGUAUCAUCACCGUCCGCCUCCUCUCCAUGGCCAUGACGGGCUUCUUCUACACCUUCAAUCGCGUCCGUACAGCUUCCCCGAUGAGCAUGCUCAAGUACGAUCCGAUUGUCGACAUCGUGGCUCCCCGCCAUGCCGCCUAUAUCUGCGGAGAAAAGUUCUCUUCCUCGAACAAAAGCGGAAAGGCAAAUGAUCGACGUUCCGGCUUUACAAUUCGUCUCGAACCCCCUACACGACGCGAUCCAUCGAUCCUCCGUCCCACACCAAUUCGCAAUGUACCAAUAAUGAUAUCAACAUCCAGCGGCGUUCGCGGUGGUCUGGUUUGA